AUGGCAUCUCGCCCACCGGUUUUCGACGAGACGGUGAGCAGCUGGAGCACGUACAGGAUACGGCUGGAAGCUUAUUUUGAGGGCAAUGGAAUUACCGACACGGCCAAACGCCUAGCUCUGCUGGUGUCUUCAUUGAGCGAUAAUGUCGUGCGCAUGUUGCAAGGACGCCUUCCAACCGUAUCGGUUAACAGCCAGACUUACGAUGAAGUCGUUAAAUACCUCGAGGAACACCACAAUCCCCAAGUUAAUGAAAUAGCGGCGAAUUUCUCGUUCUUCAUGCGCAAGCAAAGGGACGGAGAGAGCGUUCGGGAAUGCAUUGUCGACCUUCAGAGAGUGGCGGAAAGUUGCAACUUCGGCAACUCGCUGCACCGUAUGCUGCGAGACCGCAUAGUAUGCGGAAUCAGGGACGACGACGCACGACGCUGCCUGUUAACGCGGAAGAAGCUAACUUUUGAGGAGGCAGAAGAAUUUGCCAUAGCUUCAGGGAAAGCGCUAGGCGACGUUCGUGACAUGCGAGAAGCAGACCCAGUGACUACGGGAACCAGCAUUAAUGUUGUACAGUUGCAGCGAGGACGACGACCCUGGACGAAGUGGAACACUGCAAAGAACGGCCAUUCAUGUGAGCGUUGCGGCGGCCCCCACGCAACACACAUGUGCCGUCAUCGAAACACUAAGUGCCACCAUUGCGGCAGGAAAGGUCAUCUGGCGAAGGUUUGCAGCAGUGGCCGCCCUCGGGAACGUGGUGCCUUUGCCGUCGAGGAAAUUGAAGGUGAGAGCGAAGAAGAAAUGUCGCUUGCUCUUGUCGCUCACAGCUCUGCCGACAGAGCUACGUUGAAGCCUCUCGAAGAAGAGUUGACAUGGCAGGGCCGGAAAUUGCGAAUGAUUCUAUGCACGGGUUCUCCAGUCAGCGUCAUACCGAAGAACAUAUUUAAGAAACAUCGCAAAUGGUGGCCGGCACUGGAAAAAACGUCGCACCGCUUAACGUGCUUCCUGGGGCCAUUGCCAGUUGUCGGCGAGAUAACCAUGAGGGUUCAGUCUGGAUCAACUGUUGUGACCAGCACGCUAAUCGUGGUGGCAUGUAACGGACCACUGCUCUGCGGCCGGAACACGAUAGAGGCCUUCCGUAAGGCGGGUGUGUCCUUCUGGGACACUAGAACCACCUCAAGUGUAAAUGUUGUUCGUGAUAACAAGAUGACGCCUCUGCUCGAUGAAUUUUUGGAUCUCUUCGACAACAAGCUUGGCUGUUGCAAGGGCCCCCCUGUGCAAUUACACCUCAAAGAAGGAGCCCGCCCACGUUUCUGUAAGGCACGUACAGUGCCUUAUGCCAUGCGCUCCAAAGUUUCGGCCGAGGUCGACCGUCUUGUACAAGACGGAGUGCUUUUGUCGAUAAGCAUUUCAGAUUGGGCAACACCGGGGGUUCCGGGAGCAAAAAAGAACGGCGAUAUACGAUUGUGCAGCGACUUCAAGUUCACAGUGAACCUGGCGUCGCACUUGGAACCGUAUCCCCUGCCCAAAGCUGAAGACAUAUUUGCGGCGCUAUCUGGAGCAUCGCCGGAGUUGGUAGGCUUAGGAAAGACUGCGCUUGUGUCGGCGAGCAACCAGACCACGGUGAUCGCGGUUUCCCGAGCUUGA